AGGACAGCUGGCUCUGACCUUAUGCAUGGACUCGUGCUAUCCUAGUACUACAUAUUGGCCAUCCUCAGUCUUUAUACCUCAUAUACCAUGGGCUGCGACUGGGAGACAUUUGGCAGACGUGGUCUCGACGUUGCCUCAGCAUUCUCUUCUAUAGGAUUUACUGCAGCUAAAUCAAGCACAAGACUAGGCUUUUCUGUCGCCCGGACGAUAGCUUCAAGCAUAGUUGGUCUGACCGCUACAACCGUUGACCAUACCUUAUUCGGUGGUAGCAUGGUCACAAGCCCCGUGUUGGAGGGAGCCAUGUCUACUGCCAUCAAUUUCGCAGAGAAUCUUACCCUUGCUCCUAUAUUUCUUGGCGAAUACAUAACAUCUGCCUCCUUUUCAGCAGCACACAGCUCAAUUGAUAUCCUGUCUAUAAUAUUUCCCGGUAGCAGUGAGGCCUCCUUCUCACUUGCCUCGUUCAUCACACUCGUUAAGAGGGAAUGGGAUUACCCUGCGUUUGGUACCAAUCUACCGGAUAAAAGGUAUGGUGUGACCGAAGUUGCAAAAGCUUUGGUUGCCUGGAUUUCUCUCCAAGGUGUCACUCAGGAGUGGCAGGAGAAACAAUGGUUUAGCCAUCUCCGGGAAAUCGAAGUCAAAGGCUCAUCGGCCGAAUCUCGUUUGAAGCGUGUACCAUCCCGCGUUCGUGUAACAUCAGACGUCAUAUUUCCUGGUCAUAUAGGUCAACUUAUUUCUGCUGAUAUCGGAGAAGCCCCAGCAUCCCCAUAUGGCCGAGCUCGUUCCUCGAGUACGCUCUCUAGAGCUCGGUUCUCAAUAUCUUCAAUAUGUUCGUCUCAAGGAAAGGAUGCAUGGAAAGACACAUGUUUCGACGUCCCACAGAAAACGAUAUCAGAAGUUAAAUCAGAUUUACGCCGUUUCUCCAAGAUGGUCCUAGCAGGAUAUGGUGGUGCUAGUCUUCUAUUCUUUGGCAUAUCAUCAGAUUUUACAUCACCCUUCAAGGCGGCCGCGAGGCCCUCGAAUCUCAGUGAGAAAGAUGUCGAAGAGGCUCAACUAGAAAGUGCCAUCAAUGCGUCGGAGGCCGAAGCGGUUGGUGGUGGUGCAGCACCAUCAACGUCGUCAUAUCUGGAAAACUCAAACUACUCGUGGUGGGACAUCCUCAUGGGGAAGCAUGAUAAAGAGAUAUUUGAAAGAUCUAUCCACGACAGCCAGGCAGGCGUACAGGCCAAGAUUCGUGCUACAGCUGUGGUUGGCAUUGAACCUCAUAUGCCAAGAUUCUGGGUCCUCACUGAUCACGGAAGGCAACAAGUCGUCCUAGUUCUUCGAGGAACAAUGUCGCUCAACGAGCUUGCAGUGGAUCUCACUUGCGAACCUACUACUUUUGAGCCUGCUACUACCUUACACCACGAUCAUGACGAGCGCCUUCCGGGGACACCAGCCAAGACAAGUCGCAGGCGUGCCUCUCAGCAGUCACUAUCAUCCAACUCACCUCCACACUACCAAGUACACAGCGGCAUGCUUAGAAUGGCACGAGUGAUGGGCGAGGUUGGAAAACCUGUUCACCUAGCUGUUAUGGAUGCCCUGAUCCGAUAUCCUGAUUACGAACUUAUUCUGUGUGGUCAUAGUUUGGGUGCUGGGGUAGCUACUCUCCUGGGUCUGAUGUGGGCAGACCCAACGACGUGUCGUACGGUGUACUCGAGUGGUCUUCCAGUUGACCGUCCCGUGGCUGUUUAUGCCUUUGCACCUCCAUGUUUUACUGAUGCAGCAUUGAGUCGGCUAGCGAAAAAGCUUGUCACUUCAUUUGUGUACUCUGAUGAUGUUGUAUCUCGACUAUCUCUUGGAUCAGUUCGAGACAUCCGAAACGCUGCACUAUCGUUAUGCGAUGCGAAUGAGCGAACGGGUGGUACUGAGGGCUAUACGGUCGUGACAAGGGCUGCACGAAGGUGGAAAGCAGGUCUUGGGUCACCAGACGAUCCGAAAUGGUUUCUCGCUGUACGGAAGACACUCGAAGCCAACAUGCAUAUGGCCGACCUGUUCCCUCCUGGCCGAGUGUUAUGGGCUAUAAGAGACAUAGACUUACAUCCUUCUCAUAGACUAUCACCUAAGGGAUCGAAGAAAGAGCCCGAUAAACCAAGACUUUUUGAAGUGCUGGAUGUCGAGAAAAUCUAUUCUCAAAUCGUUUUUUCUCGAAAUAUGCUUAGUGCACAUCUCCCGCACCUGUACGAUCGAGUUUUGCAUGAGUUACUGUGAUUUAUGUUUGCUGUGCAAGGGGGUUCUAAUGGUAUUUGGAUACCCCAUACAACGAGGAACUGGAUGGAAUGGAUAACAAUCAGCCAUUGUGCUAAUAGUAUACCAUCAUGUAUAUCACAUACAGAUAUAUUUAAUAAUGCUUUAUUUUCACCGUAA